AGAACUCUUGCCGAUCCACACAGUCAAGCUAAAGAUAAAACUUUGAGUCAACUGUUUGUUAGCCACUAUAUAGUAGUAUUUUUAUCCAACAUCAAAAUAGCAGCAUUUGGCAGCUAAAGAUGAACCUUGGGCUGAAACUAGCGCUUACCCUAGUCUUUAUACUCAGCGUGAACAUCAACAGACUCGGAGUGAGAACAACACAAGCCUCUACAACUGGAGAAGAUGUGAGCUCCCUCAUCACAGAAUGUCUUAACAUAUUGCCAAGAUACCCUCCACCAAAUCAGUUUGCUUGCUAUCGAACGAGGACACGAUCAGUGGGACCAUUCCAAACGUGUGAUGCUACACUCGUGAGAGAGACUCUGAUUCCUAUGCUGUUUGGGAAUGAAAACUUCACACAGUUCUAUAUUCAGACUCCAGGCCGCCUCAGGGGCAGAAGCUACAACAAUAGGCUGCUGUGUAGAUGGAAUGUGGAGUGCAGGAAUGACCAGCUUCUCUACCUGGACGUCACAGAGCACAAUAUUGAACCAAAGCAGCAGUCAUCUUUAUUCAGGAGAGAAGUGUGUGCGGAUUACCUGGAAUUGAUCCGAGAUUUUGGAAGAGAGAACUCCUGUGGAUUCAGAAACCCAUACACAGAGGUGGAGCCACACAGAAUCAGAAUGGAGUUCAGAUCUAAUACAAAAUUGAGAUUCCCUGGUUUCAGAAUGAGAAUUGCCUGUUUCAAUCCGGAGCUACAAGAUCUGGAAGGAUGCUCACCGACUGACGAUAUUGCACUGGAACAACUAGAGAGCCUGAGGAAGAAAAGAUAUGUGCAUGAGGAGAAUGAAGAUUCACUCAACAAAGAAAAUGAAACAAGGAAAAUUCCAUUCCAUUCCAGAUACUUGCAAUACUUCGAUAAGGUGUCCCCAAUACUAGGAAACACAAGAGAGAGAAGGAAAAGGUCACUUUCAGAGCAAAUGGUUAUUGACAAAACUGCCACACUCUAUUUUAGGGACAACCUCUUACUGGUGUCUGUAAACAAGACGUUUGUCAAGUACAGUUUUCAAAAUAUUGACGUAGUACACACUUACAAUGUUUACCAUGGCAUUGAGAGUUUCCAUAGCUACCCAGACACCCUACAAGCUUUUAGAGGAAGAGGAGUACUGACUGUUAUAAACAACGCAGCUUUCUAUGUUACCUACGGACUGGACCUUGAAAGGUUUCAACCUAGUGAGAAUGAGAGGAUUGUAAUCAGAGUAUUAAUGGAAGUAGAGGAAAGAAUGCUCAAUCUGCCGCCACAAGACUUUGUUAUUGAGGAUAAAGAUCACUAUUACUAUGGCACUGACUCCCCACCACCAGGACUCGGUGCUGGCAAUGUUCGAGAAAAGCGUCAACUGAGUGCUAUUGAGCCAGAGGUCAUCGAGGCAGCAAGAAGAGGAGUAAAUUCUUGCAAUGCUGUGUUGAGAGGCGUUGCACAGUCCGUACUAGAGCUCAUUAACUGAUCAAAACUUUCAGAGUAGACAUCAUUUAGUUUGUUUUAACCCAACCCUCCUCCAUUAAAUGGCAGGAUAAUGUUUUACUACUGCUGGUCAGUACAUUUUAUGUAGAAUUUUCAAAACUAAUCUGAUUAUUGUA